UCAAACCUCCCAUACCCAGCAAGUCUGUGGAGAGAGACCGAGUUACCGUCUCAGUUUGACCCCACUCGCAUGCCGGCUACCCGAAAAUCCCCGCUCUCCCAGGACCGGGCUGAACUAUACCUCCGGCCCGGCGCCUGGGAGCGGGCCUCACUCGCGUUGUCCGGGUAACCAGUCGCGGCGUGACGCAAACUCGGCGUGCAGCCAAUGGCAGGCUGGCGUCGAGCGCGGGCGGGAGAAAGAGGGCGGGCGGCCGCAGCGGCGCGGACGCCCCUGUUGCUGUGUCUGGUUUGCCAUGGCCUUGGUGAGUCUGAUGGUCGCCUACGAGGAUGACUCUGUGGAAGUUCAGUAUACAGAUGGCUCCAGCCUGCAGCUCUCUCCUUGCGGGUCGGAGUUUAUGAUUGAGAAGGUUCCUACACAGAACUUGCACCCCUUGCAGAGUAGCUGCCGCGUCCGGCAGCGAACGCCGUUCGUCAUCAGCAUUUACAAGGAGCAAGUGCUACAUGCACUGGAAUUCAGGAACCGGUUUGCCUCACGGCCUUACCUCCCCGCAGAUCUGAUCACUGCAGACAAGCUGUUGAAUGUGUUCUAUGACGUUUCCAAAGUGAGGUGGCCUGGUGCCAGUAGUGAAGGUGCGGUGACAGUUGCUGGCGAUGGUCGGGUUACAGUCUGCUCCCUGGCAGGUUACGCCUUCCUCCACUUAUCUCCAUCUCGGCUUGAGUUCACCGUGGAUUUCCUGGCACGAGUCAGCCAGUCUGCCCCGAGCAAGUCCCAUCUUAAACUGGACUCAGCACAGAGUGAUGAGCAUUACAAAAAUCAGGAGAACAUGGAGCCUGCAGGACUGACCUCGGGGCACAAAGUUUCGAAGACGAGAGCCCAGAGUCUGCAGAGUGAAGCCUCAGCAGCCACUCGUCCCCGUGGUUCACGCCUCGAGGGCAGUGGGCCAUCAGGGAUCCAUUCCAAGUACGUGUACCAGUACACCUGGGUGGUUCAGCACCACACGGUGUCCUGGUGCCCACCAGAAUGGCGGCACCCUCUGCAUCUGGCACUUCACUAUAAUCGCCAGCAGGAUAAAUCACCAGACCCAAGUGGGAUGGGUGACCACGCGGGCAGUCCUGGCACCCUGGUGCCUGCUGCAGUGCCAGAAGUGGCAACUGUCCUUCGCAGUUCAUUGCCUCUUCACUGCCUAGCUCCACAUCUUCACAGGUGGCGAUACAGAAAUGUGCCAGGUCUGAGAGCUCUGGACCUCGAGAGCUGCCUGUGUUCAGAGCCAGUGAAAGUGGUUUGGUACCAAGGGGUAGUCUACAGGGUUAUUGCUGGGUCAGUGACCUCCGUGGAAAUUUACCCAGGAGAUGGUUCUGUUCUCAAGCCCCACGAUGCCACGAACAACUACUUCACUCAUUAUUUGCCAGGAUGCGCUGAUGAGCAGGGAGAAGAGAGAAUGUACAGGGUGAGCAGCCUUCCUCCGGACAGACCAGGCUCCAAGUACUCCAUCUGUUCCCUGGUCACACGUGCAGUCAGGAUGCUGCAGUUCCGGAACCAGUUGAAGCUGUCUCUCAAACCGCUCGGGAUGUGCUGCUGGCAAACGGAGGAGUUCCAGCCAGGACAUUCUAACCAGCUCCCACUUGUUCUCUCUGAGAAAGUGAUUGAGAAUGUUGGAAGAUUUCUGGCAUUCUCCGAUGGACGGGUCCACAUCAGUUUCUGCAAUGGUGUGAGACUGAACACGUCCUGGGACUCUGGGUCGCAGCACAGGCAAAAGGAGCCGGCUUUGUCUUCGCAGUGGAAUCCCUUGAUCUUGCCUGUGGUGCUAAGUGAAAUGGAAACAGACAUGAAGCCUGGUUGGUUCCAGUUACUGUUCCCAGAUGGGUCCUCCCAAGUGGUGCAAUUGCAUUCUGCUGGAAGCUACGAGAGGUACGUUGCUGCUGCAGCUGACUGGUGUCGAUAUCUGAGUGACAACCCACAGCAGAGGAAAUCCAUGGACAAGCCCCAACUACAGGCGUGUGGGCAGCAUCAGAAUUGGUCUGUCAUCUCAGAACUUCAAAAAAUCCAAAGGUUUAACUUUCUGCUGGAGAAUUCCAGCUGUCUGAAGCGAGAGACCCCACCGCUCGACCAUCCUGUCACUCAGCGGCCCGAGGAGACUAGCCAUGCGGAGGCAGAGGAGGGCUGGAGCGUCGAGGGAGCACUGACAAAGACAGGCAGGGCGAUCCAAGAUAUCGAGCUACUGCUGGAGGCAAACCGGGAAGUGCGGAGGGAAAAGUCAGAAAAGAGAGGCAGAGAGUUGAGCACUGUCAAGGAAACAAAGGGGUACAGUGGGUAACAGAUCAAUGGCCCCUGGUCUGAGGUUGAAGUGGGGAAGGCCAGAUCAAAGAACCUAACCCAGAGAAUUUGAUCGGUUACCUUGCUUCUCACGGUGCGUCCAAAGACGUAUCAUGAAGUUCAGGGUAAUGGACUCUCCAUCUAGUUCAAUUCCAUGUGAUUAUGGUGCCCUCUUGGUCUUUAGAAGAUGCACAAGUACUGCGGAGGCGAGGGUUCCGAAGUGGUGGAGGCACGUGAAACUGCGGAUCUGAAACAGUGCACAAUCUGGUGGAGGGUCAGCGGGUCGAACAGCUGCUGUGGGGAGAAGAAUUGUCAACGUUUCAGGUGGAAACCCUGUGCCACUGGAGAGGGAGUAGGGAGAAGAGUGGAGUCAGGUAGGGGAGGGGAGUGAUAGAAUUGGGGGAUGGGCAGGUAGAUGGAGCCAGGCAGAGGGUGAGGGUGCAACAGCAAAACUCUGCACCUCCCUUUAGUGCCCAUGGGGGUGGUCACUGCUUGAGGGUGUAACCUGCAACAGACGGGCAUCACCGUAGUGUAGCGGUUAGCUGCACUAUUGCAGUUUGGGGUGUCAGAAUUCAAUACUGACGUCAACUGCAAGCAGUCUGUACUGUGGGAUGCGUGGGUUUCGUCCUACUGUCCAAAGUUAGUAGGUUAAUCAGUGAUUGUAUAUUGCCUGUGAUUAGGCUAGGGUUAAAUUGAGGAGGGCCGGUUCUGCGCUGUUUCUCCAAAUAAAUCAGCGGUCCUGCACGGUGCUUAGGGAGGUUUUACCGAGACGUUGCCUGGACUUGGGGAUCUGAGUUACAAGGAGGGGUUGUGUGUACUCUAGGACUUCAUUCCCUGCAACAAGGGUGACCUGAUAGAGGUCUACAAGAUCAUAAGGAGCAUAGUCAGGGUGAAAGCACAUCGUCAUUUUCUCAGGGGUGGGGAGGCUAAAAACAAGAGGCCGUAGGUUUCACACAGAGGCGAGAGAUUUAAAAGGGAGAUCGGGAGCAACUCCUUCACAAAAAGGUGGUGUGUGUUUGGAUUGACCUGCCAGAAAUGGUGGUUGAGGUAGGUGCAUCAGCAAUAUUUAAAAGCCUUCCAGAUAAGAACAUGGACUGCAGAGGGACGUGGGCCAAACACAGGCAGCGGGACUGGCUGGCUGGGCAACAAAGUUGGCAGGGAAGGGCCUGUUCCCUGCUGUGGAAUCUGUGACCAAUACGCAGUGCAGUUGGAGACUAUCCUUCAUUUGAGGCGUGAAGAACAACUGUCCUCUGAUGGACAAGAACAGGGAUAUUAUUGCCAGUCAGUGUUUAUUCUUCAACCAGCAACACUUCAAGAUUCAAGAUUGUUUAAUAUCAUUUGCAGUAUACAAGUCUAAACGAGAAAAAAAUAAUUAUUAUUCCAGAUCAGAUACAAUGCAAAAAAACACUAAGGAGCACAAUAAUAAGUUUAAAAACACUCUGAAUGUAAAUGCAUAACUGAAAUAUGUAGAUCGUUAUGUGCAUAAACUGACACUAGGCACAUGUGUCUACAUAAAGUGACUGACAGGAAAUGAUAAAGUGGUUAAGGAUGUGGGGAGGUGGGUUAAUGGAUAGACAGUGUUGAUCAGACCUGCUGCUUGGAAAAAGUAACUCUUUCUCUGUCUGGUGGUCUUGGUGUGGAUGCUGCGUAGCCUCCUCUCUGAUGGGAGUGGGACAAACAGUCCAUGAGCAGGUUGGGGUGGGGGGGGGUCUUUCAUGAUGUUACUGGCGCUUUCCGCAUACAUGUCCUUGAUGGUGGGUGGGCUGGUGCUGGUGAUGGGUUGUGCAGUUUUGACUGGCUGUUACUAAUGAAACCUGGCGGCUUCCCACGAUAAUGAUGGUGUGCAGAGUAAAGCCCUGGUCGCAGAGUGCUCUGGACACCCUGAUGUGAGUGAAGUCUUGCUGUUGCAGGUACUGUGCACCGGCCGGUGUGUCUUGCACAGACCUCUCCCUCGACUUAUCUUCUCGACGUCGUAGGAACUAAUCAUAGUUUUGCUUCAGGGCAGUGGACUCCUCAUUUUACCCAGUAGGGUCCACAAAUACCAGUGUAGUUAAUGAUCAGUUGAGGGUGGGAAGUAGUCUGCAGGCCAUCCAUGCUCUUUGAGGGGGAAAUAAAUCUUAAAGCUCGACAGCAGACAGCUCUCAUCUAUCUGUAUACUCUUUUUUCCUAGGGGCAGGGAAGUCUACAACUAGACAGCAUAGGCUUAAGGUGAGAGGAGAAAGAUGUAAUGCAUUAACAGUUCACGAGUGUAAGGGAGAACGAAAUAAUUGUUACUCCGAAUCUGAUGCAGCACAAAAGAAACAUAAUAAGAUAGUGUUUCCACCAAGGGUGGUGGCUAUGUAGAGUGACCUGCCAGAGGAAACUAUAGAAGUGAAUGGAAUUACAAUGUUUAAGGGACAUUGCACAAAUAUGUGUAUCAGAGAGGUUUAGUGGGGUAUGGGCCAAAUGCAGGCAAGUGAGACUAUUGUAGACAGAACAGCACAGGACCUUUGGCCCACAGUGUUGUGCUGAUUCAACCAAAAGACUAACUAAUCUCUUCUGCCUACACAUUGUCCGUAUCCCUCCAUUUUCUUCACAUUCAGGUGCCCAUCUAAAUGUUUUUUUUUAAAUCCCUAAUAUUUCUGCCCCUACAGUCACCGCAGGCAGCAGAUUGCAGAUACCCACCACUCUCUGUGUAAAGGUAGAUAGCCAAGAUAUGUUGGUUGGCCUAGACAAGUUGGACCGCAUGGACUGUGUGAAUGCGGUGGUGCUCUGAAUCCAUAUAAUGAAUAAUUGCACUUUGCAAACCCCUUCCAGGGAAAGGUUUAAAGCUUCUAUAACCUGAUAACCAGUCACAAAGCUUCCAUAGUCAGUUGUGGUUAAAGGUUCCCAGCUCCAGGAAAUAAUUGUGGAUUCAGCGAGAACGUAGGAAGGAUUUCCUACUUAGAGGUGGGGUGGGGUGGGGGAAGAGAGGCCACACUUCAAAGUAACUUGUAUGUGAGUGUUUUGACUUAGAAUGAGAUUUAAUAUAAAUGCUAAUCUUUCUUGCGGUCUCUCUUGCACUAUGAGAAUAGGUAAACUGUAGGGCCUUAAUAGCAGAAGUGAAAGCACAUGUUUUGGAUAUAUAUACUGAUGAUUUUUGCAGUUUCUGUGGAUUGUAUUGUGCCAUUCUGUACCUUAUAGUGAAUAAAGUGUGGGGGUUGUUUAUUUCAGAUCAUUUACAGUAUUGAAAUAGUGAGUUACGGUUCAUUCCAAGUUUCUCCCAAGACUCCCAGCUUGAAUGCAUUGUAGAAAAGGCUUGGAUGCGUUUAAGAGAGGAAAAUCUCUAUGCUGUUGUCUCCAGGAGAAGCUCUGAGUUGUCAGAAAUACAGGUAGUGAUGGGAAUAUCUAUUGUUCUUCCAUCAUCAAUUCUCUAUGUCAUCUCUUCAAAAACAUCAGAUUCUACAACUGUACAUCACAGAUACCCUGUCCUAGUCCAACCAUGCUGACGCCACGGUGAAGAACACUCAACAAUGUCUUUGCUUCCUCAGGAGGCUGAAGACAUUUGACAUGACCCUCACUUAACUUCUGUCAAUGCACCAUAAAAAGCAUCCUAUCCAGGUGCAUCACGGCUUGGUGUAACAACUACUCUGCAUGUGACCACAAGGUCGUGUAGAGUUGGCAUCACAGAAACCAGCCUCUACUCUUUGGACUCGAUCUACAGUUAUCGGCCACCUCAGUAAAGCAACCUGCGUAAUCUGGACAUAGGGCAGAAGAUAAAUCCCACUGUUAUCACAUUAUUAAAUGAUCCCCUAGUACAAUAAGAUGGGCUCUUGACCUCACAAUCCACCUUGUUAUAACCUUACAAAUAUUAUCUGUGCUGCAUGGCACGCUCUGUAACUGUAACACUUCAUUCUGCAUUCUGUUACUGCUUUCCCUUGUACUAAUUCAAUGUGUUGUAAUAAAUGGUUCUGUAUGAAUAGUUUGUUGCAUGUACCAACUACCAACAGCGAUGUCCUGGGACUCAGCCCAGCUUCCAACAACCAGUGUCACCACAUAACAGGCAGCAAGGGAGUCUCCCUUUCCCUGAGCUUUCAUUGACUUGGAUAUGUUGAACUCUUGUUUUGUGUGCUGCUGAGAGAGAGGUCAGGGCCUAUGAUAAAAUGCAUCAAGGUUCAACUUUUUAACAUUUGUGUGUAUUAG